CAAUAGCAAAUGGACGGGAACCGAGACUAAAACCUAUCGGCCUCCCCUCUCCUCCUUUCUCCCUCGUCUACGUCCCGUCGGCGCUGCUGCGUCCCCACCCGUUUCGAAUCGGCGUCCUCCCCUCGGUUUUCUUCUCUGGCGACUGCCAUCGAUUUCUUCACUCUGCGUUCGGCAAGCUUCUUGAGGUCUUUUAGCCAUGGCCCACCUGGGUGGUGGUGCUGAGGCCCAUGCUCGGUUCAAGCAGUAUGAGUACCGUGCCAAUUCCAGCCUUGUUCUGACCACUGACUCCCGUCCCCGUGACACCCAUGAACCUACCGGAGAACCUGAGUCUCUGUGGGGGAAGAUUGAUCCCAAGAGUUUUGGCGACCGGGCUUUCCGUGGCAAGCCGCUCGAGCUCGAGGAAAAGAUCAAGAAGUCGAAAAAGAAGAAGGAGCGGGAGCCAGCACUCGAACCCGAACAGAAGAAAGACAGCAAGCGGCGCCGCAUUCAGGAGGAGAGUGUGCUCUCCCUCACGGAUGAUGCCGUGUACCAACCUAAGACUAAGGAGACUCGUGCAGCUUAUGAAGCGCUGCUAAGUGUGAUCCAGCAACAGUUUGGUGGGCAGCCACAGGAUAUUCUUAGUGGGGCAGCAGAUGAAGUCCUGGUGGUAUUGAAGAAUGAGAAAAUAAAGAACCCUGACAAAAAGAAGGAGAUUGAGAAGCUCUUGAAUCCCAUUUCCAAUCAAGUAUUCGAUCAGCUUGUAUCAAUUGGACGGCUGAUCACAGACUAUCAGGAUGCCGGUGUUGCUGCAGAUUCUGCUGCUGCAAAUGGUAAUGGCGAGGCGUUAGACGACAUUGGUGUUGCAGUCGAGUUUGAGGAGGAUGAGGAGGAGGAAGAGAGCGAUUACGAUCAGGUACAAGAGGAAUCGGAGGAUGAUGACGAUGGCCAGGAAUCAAAUGCUGCUGGUGCUAUGCAGAUGGGUGGAAUUGAUGAUGAGGACAUGGAAGAAGCUAAUGAGGGUCAAACCAUUAACGUCCAAGACAUUGAUGCUUACUGGCUUCAAAGGAAGAUAUCUCAGGCUUAUGAGGAGAUUGAUCCACAACAAAGCCAGAAACUUGCAGAAGAGGUGCUAAAAAUACUUGCCGAAGGGGAUGAUAGGGAUGUUGAGAACAGGCUCGUAAUGCUGUUGGACUAUGACAAGUUUGAGCUCAUCAAAUUGCUUCUGCGGAACCGGCUCAAGAUAGUUUGGUGUACUCGAUUGGCCAGGGCAGAGGAUCAAGACCAGCGAAAGAAGAUCGAAGAAGAGAUGUCAAAUAUGGGUCCAACUCUCACCACGAUUUUGGAGCAGCUGCAUGCCACUAGAGCAUCUGCAAAGGAGCGACAGAAGAAUUUAGAGAAGAGCAUAAGAGAGGAGGCUAGGCGAUUGAAGGAUGAACAUGGUGGUGGGGAUAAUGACAGGGAUAGGAGGGUUGUUGAUAGAGACACGGAUAGUGGGUGGUUGAAGGGGCAAUGUCAGCUGCUUGAUCUUGAUAGCAUUGCAUUUCAUCAGGGUGGCCUUUUGAUGGCUAAUAAGAAGUGUGAGCUUCCUCCAGGAUCAUAUAGAACUCCUCACAAGGGCUACGAGGAAGUUCAUGUGCCAGCACUAAAACCAAAAACAUUCUCACCAGAAGAGAAGCUUGUGAAAAUAUCUGACUUGCCUGAUUGGGCACAGCCAGCUUUUGAAGGGAUGAAGCAGCUGAACAGAGUACAAAGUAUGGUCUACAAAACUGCUUUUACCUCACCUGAGAAUAUACUGUUGUGUGCGCCAACUGGUGCUGGGAAAACCAAUGUUGCCAUGCUGGCCAUCUUACAUCAGAUUGGCUUGCAUAGGAGGGAUGGAGUUUUAGACAACAGUAAGUACAAGAUUGUUUAUGUGGCUCCGAUGAAAGCUCUGGUUGCUGAAGUGGUUGGGAAUCUGUCCCAUCGGCUGAAAUCUUAUAAUAUUGUUGUGAGGGAACUCAGCGGAGACCAAAACCUCACUCGCCAGCAGAUUGAAGAGACUCAGAUCAUUGUCACCACUCCAGAGAAAUGGGAUAUUGUCACAAGAAAGUCUGGAGAUAGGACCUAUACACAGCUCGUGAAGCUCCUUAUAAUUGAUGAGAUUCAUCUUCUUCAUGAUAACCGUGGACCUGUCCUUGAAAGUAUUGUCGCUAGGACACUUAGGCAGACUGAAGCGACCAAGGAGUUGAUUAGACUGGUUGGUCUAUCAGCCACUCUCCCGAAUUAUGAAGAUGUAGCAUUGUUCUUACGUGUCACCAAGCCGAGUGGAAUUCUCCAUUUUGACAAUAGUUACAGACCCUGCCCUCUUGCACAACAGUAUAUUGGUAUCACAAUAAAAAAACCAUUGCAGCGAUUUCAGUUGAUGAAUGAAAUUUGUUACGAAAAGGUUAUGGCUGCUGCUGGAAAGCAUCAAGUGCUUAUCUUUGUUCAUUCAAGGAAAGAAACAGCUAAAACUGCUCGUGCAAUCCGAGACACUGCUCUUGCCAAUGACACAUUGAGUCGGUUUUUAAAGGAUGACAGUGCAAGCCGUGAAAUUCUUCAAAGUCAAACUGAAUUUGUUAAAAGCAAUGAUCUUAAAGAUCUCUUGCCAUAUGGGUUUGCUAUCCAUCAUGCAGGAAUGGCAAGGGUGGAUCGUGAUCUUGUUGAGGAGCUUUUUUCUGAUGGACAUGUACAGGUGUUGGUAUCGACAGCCACCCUUGCUUGGGGUGUUAAUCUGCCAGCACACACGGUCAUUAUAAAAGGCACCCAGAUAUACAAUCCAGAGAAAGGAGCUUGGACUGAACUUAGUCCUCUUGAUGUCAUGCAGAUGCUUGGUCGUGCAGGAAGGCCUCAGUAUGACUCUUAUGGAGAAGGCAUAAUUCUAACAGGUCACAGUGAGCUGCAGUACUAUCUAUCCCUUAUGAACCAGCAGCUGCCAAUUGAGAGUCAGUUUGUGUCUAAAUUGGCUGACCAAUUAAAUGCAGAGAUUGUUUUGGGGACAGUUCAGAAUGCCAGAGAGGCAUGUAACUGGAUUGGGUACACUUACCUUUACGUACGCAUGGUUAGAAACCCAACUUUAUAUGGAUUGUCUGCAGACAUCCUGGAGAGGGACAAACUGUUGGAGGAAAGGCGAGCUGAUCUGAUUCAUACUGCUGCAAAUAUUUUAGAUAAAAACAAUUUAGUCAAGUACGACAGGAAGAGCGGGUACUUUCAGGCUACAGAUCUGGGCAGAAUUGCAAGUUAUUAUUAUAUCACUCAUGGGACAAUAUCUACGUACAAUGAGUACCUAAAGCCAACUAUGGGUGACAUAGAGCUUUUCCGAUUGUUCUCCCUUAGUGAAGAGUUUAAAUAUGUGACUGUGCGGCAGGAUGAGAAGAUGGAGUUGGCAAAGCUUUUGGAUCGUGUGCCUAUUCCUGUCAAAGAAAGCUUGGAGGAGCCUAGUGCUAAAAUCAAUGUUCUGCUGCAAGCAUACAUAUCACAGCUGAAACUUGAGGGGCUUUCCCUGACAUCUGAUAUGGUUUUCAUUAAGCAGAGUGCAGGCCGUCUUAUAAGAUCUCUGUUCGAGAUCGUCUUAAAAAGGGGAUGGGCUCAAUUGGCUGAGAAGGCAUUAAAUCUUUGCAAGAUGGUUGACAAGCGCAUGUGGAGCGUUCAGACUCCGCUGCGCCAGUUCACAGGUAUACCAAAUGAAAUUUUGAUGAAAUUGGAAAAGAAGGAUCUGUCUUGGGAAAGAUAUUAUGACCUGUCAUCCCAGGAGAUUGGAGAGUUGAUUCGUUACCCCAAGAUGGGUAGGCAGCUUCAUAAAUGCAUACACCAGUUGCCAAAACUGAACCUUUUAGCACAUGUCCAACCCAUCACCCGCACUGUCUUGGGUUUUGAAUUGACUAUAACACCUGAUUUUCAGUGGGAUGAUGCUGUGCAUGGAUAUGUGGAACCAUUUUGGGUUAUUGUCGAGGACAAUGAUGGUGAAUAUAUUCUUCAUCAUGAGUAUUUCAUGCUUAAGAAACAGUACAUUGAUGAAGAUCACACUCUGAACUUCACUGUUCCCAUUUACGAGCCGCUGCCACCUCAAUAUUUCAUUCGUGUAGUAUCAGACAAGUGGCUUGGUUCUCAAACUGUUUUACCUGUCUGUUUUAGGCAUCUGAUUCUACCAGAAAAGUACCCCCCUGCAACUGAAUUGCUGGAUUUACAACCUCUGCCAGUUACUGCUUUAAGAAAUCCUGCAUAUGAAGCUCUUUAUGAUGCAUUCAAACAUUUUAAUCCUAUCCAGACACAAGUGUUCACGGUUUUGUACAACACAGAUGACAAUGUCUUGGUUGCUGCCCCUACGGGCAGUGGGAAGACUAUAUGUGCUGAGUUUGCAUUGCUUCGGAAUCAUCAAAAAGGUCCUGAUAGCAUCAUGAGGGCUGUGUACAUUGCUCCGAUUGAAGCUGUCGCAAAAGAAAGGUACCGUGAUUGGGAAGAGAAGUUUGGGAAACGUCUGGGAAUUCGUGUUGUGGAGUUGACUGGAGAAACUGCUACCGACUUGAAGCUGCUUGAGAGAGGACAGAUCAUAAUCAGUACUCCAGAAAAAUGGGAUGCACUCUCUCGUAGGUGGAAACAACGUAAGCAAGUCCAGCAGGUCAGCCUCUUCAUUGUAGAUGAGCUUCAUUUAAUAGGUGGAGAAAUGGGUCCUAUCUUGGAAAUAAUCGUCUCUAGGAUGAGACGUAUUGCAAGUCACAUUGGUAGCAACAUCCGUAUCGUAGCACUUUCAGCAUCUCUUGCAAACGCUAAGGAUCUUGGUGAAUGGAUAGGUGCUACAUCUCAUGGUUUGUUCAAUUUUCCACCUGGUGUUCGUCCAGUGCCUUUGGAGAUACAUAUUCAAGGUGUGGAUAUAUCAAAUUUUGAGGCAAGAAUGCAAGCAAUGACAAAACCUACAUAUACUGCUAUUGUUCAGCAUUCAAAGAAUGGGAAACCAGCCCUGGUCUUUGUACCCACAAGAAAGCAUGCACGGCUGACUGCACUGGAUCUGUGUACUUAUUCACAUGCUGACCGUGGAGAGAGGCCUUCUUUUCUUCUUGGUUCGGGGGAAGAAAUGAACACUUUUAUAUCCGGGAUCAAGGAUGAUACCCUGAAAGGGACACUUGCUCUUGGUGUCGGCUACUUGCAUGAAGGUCUCAAUGAGUUUGAUCAAGAGGUUGUAAUACAAUUGUUUCUUGGUGGAAGGAUUCAAGUUUGUGUUGCAACCAGUUUGAUGUGCUGGGGUCGGUCAUUGCCUUCCCACUUGGUUGUCGUUAUGGGAACACAAUAUUAUGAUGGCAGAGAGAAUGCUCACACUGAUUAUCCAAUCACUGAUCUGCUGCAGAUGAUGGGCCAUGCCAGUAGACCUCUCAAAGAUAACUCUGGUAUAUGCGUCAUACUAUGCCAUGCUCCUCGUAAGGAGUAUUAUAAGAAGUUCCUCUAUGAGGCUUUCCCAGUCGAGAGCCAUUUGCAUAAUUUCUUGCAUGAUCAUAUGAAUGCGGAAGUUGUUGUUGGAGUUACAGAGAAUAAGCAAGAUGCUGUGGAUUAUCUUACGUGGACUUUCAUGUAUCGGAGGCUUACUAAGAAUCCAAACUACUAUAAUCUGCAGGGUGUGAGUCACAGGCAUCUUUCUGAUCACCUUUCUGAACUAGUGGAGAAUGUUUUGAGUGACUUGGAAUCGAGCAAAUGUGUGGCUAUUGAGGAGGAUAUGUACCUGAAACCUCUGAACCUUGGCUUGAUUGCUUCAUAUUAUUACAUUAGUUACACCACUAUCGAGCGAUUCAGUUCUUCUUUAACAUCCAAAACUAAGAUGAAAGGUCUACUGGAUAUUUUGGCAUCAGCUUCAGAGUAUUCACAGCUUCCCAUCCGACCUGGCGAGGAAGAAUUGAUCAGGAAGUUGAUUAAUCACCAGAGGUUCUCCUUUGAGAAUCCAAAAUGCACUGACCCUCAUGUUAAGGCAAAUGUGCUGUUACAAGCUCACUUCUCCAGACACACAGUGGUUGGGAACCUUGCGGCAGAUCAGCGAGAGGUUCUCCUUUCUGCUCAUAGGCUGCUUCAAGCAAUGGUUGAUGUUAUCUCAAGCAACGGAUGGCUUAGCCUUGCCCUUUCUACAAUGGAGCUGAGUCAAAUGGUAACACAGGGCAUGUGGGAGCGUGAUUCUAUGCUUUUGCAAAUUCCACAUUUCACAAAGGAGUUAGCCAAGAGAUGCCAAGAAAAUCCAGGGAGGAGUAUUGAGACUGUUUUUGAUCUUGUGGAGAUGGAAGAUGAUGAAAGGCGGGAUCUGCUGCAAAUGUUAGAUUCCCAGUUGCUUGAUAUUGCUCGAUUUUGCAACCGCUUUCCUAACAUUGAUAUGACCUACGAGGUGCUGGACGAUGAUGAUGUUAGGCCCGGGGAAAAUGUGACAUUGCAGGUUACGCUGGAGCGUGAUCUCGAGGGGCGUGCUGAGGUUGGACCAGUGGAUGCACCCAGAUAUCCAAAGGCCAAAGAAGAAGGGUGGUGGCUUGUGGUUGGUGAUACCGGCAAUAAUCAGUUACUUGCCAUCAAAAGAGUAGCAUUGCAAAGGAAAGCAAAAGUCAAGCUUGUCUUUACAGCUCCUGCAGAGGUUGGGAAGAAGGCAUUUACCAUUUACUUCAUGUGCGAUUCAUAUUUGGGCUGUGACCAGGAAUAUAAUUUUAACAUUGAUGUCAAAGAAGGCGGAGAAGAUGGGAAUAGAAGUGACUAAAAGUUCAUCUGCUGUCGGAGCCUAUCUUCUUUAUGCUUUCUCAUUAAUUGGCCUUGGGGUAUAGUGUGUUAGCUUAUGUUGUUCCUGUUACUUAAUGCUUCUCUCCGGUAAGUUGCUUCGUCGGAAUCCUCUUUCUUCGCCAUUCAGCUUGGACAUGGCAGUUACUAGGCAUAAGUUGUACUUUUGAUAACCUGUUGUCCUGGAUGAAUACUUGAUGCCUCUAGCUUAUCUAUGAAAACAUAAUCUUUUCACC